AUAAAUGACUGCUGGUGGUGCGAAAGAAAGAGGCUGAGUCAGAGAGGUGAGGAAAGCCGAGCGAAAGCAGUUAGGGAACAGUCAUGGCUGCAAGCCCCGAUGAAAUGGCCUUAGAAGAGCAACCGGCAACUACGGACAGAGAAUCUACGUCCCCAGUAGCGAGCCCGUCUCCUAAGAAAGAGGGAGCGGAUGAGAAACCUGCUUCACCGUCCAAGAAAAGCAAGAAGACCGCUGAGAACAAGAACCUCAUUAAUUGCGUUGUUUUUCUACCCGAUGGCACCACUGUGUCUCUCGAUGUAGAUCGCAAGGUGAAAGCAUUUGAUCUUAUAGAAAGGAUCCAUACUGACACUGAUGUUUUUGAAAAAGAUUAUUUCUCUAUUUAUUUCAUAGACAACAACCAAAAAAUAUUUCUUGAUCUCCAUAAGCCUGUUAAAGACCAAGUUCCAGCAGAGAUGAAGCAGGAGUGGAGGCUGAGGUAUGGAGUCAAAUUCUUUCUGAGUGAUCCUAGUUUGCUUAAAGAAGAUGUCAGCAGGUACAAUUAUUGUCUACAGCUCUGCAAUGAUAUUAAAGAUAAUCGUGUUCUUGUUGAUCGGGAAACAAGCUGGAGACUGACUGCUCUUAUGCUGCAAGGCUCAUUGGGUGAUUACAAUCAGGCUGAACAUCCUAAAGGCUAUGUUGACAAGUUCAGGGAGUUCUUGCUGUUGCCUAAUGAGGCUAUGAACGAGGACUAUGAGGAGCCCAUCACUGAACUCCACAAAUCAAAAGUUGGGUACACUCCAGCUCAGGCUGAGUCGGAGUUCCUUCAGAUUUGCAAGAAGCUCCCUCGCUAUGGAAUGCAUCUGUUUGUUGUCAAGGAUAAAGCUGGUACGGUGCUACUGGUCGGUAUAUCUUAUCGUGGUAUAUCAAUAUUUGAAGAUCAUGUUGAAAUAUCCAAAUUCCCAUGGCCAAACAUUAAUAAGAUUUCUUAUAAACGGCACAAGUUUAUCAUCAGAUAUCGUCCACGCGAUAGUAAAGCUGAUCUCACUAGUACUGACAGUGGGGCUAUGGGCUCUAAGAAAUCCGGUGACAUUAACGUGGUCAAGUUUGUGACUGGUAACCCGCCUCAGUCUAAGAGGAUAUGGAAAUGUGCAGUUGAGCAGCAUACCUUCUUCAGGCUCCAAGCACCUGACAGGCCAUCACGUAUACAGCAGGUCUUCCAGAGAGGGACCAAGUUCCGUUACAGUGGACGAACCUUCCGUCAGGUCCAAAGUGACGAGGUUAGCCGCCAAGAACCAAAAUUUGUGAGGACACAGAGUCUCCGCCUCCAAUCUAACUCAAAGAAAUUUGAUUAUGUUCCAGCAAGAAAUUCGUUUCGUGCCAGAUCAGCUCAACGUGAAUACCAACAGAGUGCAGACAAGAACUCUUGGGUAAUGUUGGAUGCUCCUCCAGACAUUGACCCUCAAGACGAUGAUAAAAAAACUUACGAGGAGCAGCAAGUCAAAAUAAAGUUCCGACUCAAAGAAGCCAUUCCAGACACCUCUCAGAAAUUCGUGAUAGUCAAGCGCAAUAAUAAGUAUGAGAUGGAGUAUGUUGGAGGAGGAGGGGGAGGGAGUCAGGCUAGUGAUCCAGAGUUUAAGUUGAAACCUGUCGACACCAAGUCUUUAUCUGCUACCACUCGUGUGAGCAUUCAGCUGGACAGUAAGCCAAUCUAUGUCGCACCCAAAGGGACCAAGUCCUCCCAUGCUGUACCCAUCUAUGACAGCAGUCAGAUCCCUGACGUUAAUAUGAGUCACUCCAAAUCAAGCUAUCAAAACGAAAGUGUUGAAGACAUUACAGUCUCUCGUACCAUCCAUUCUGCGGGACAGUCUGCUACUGGUGCCCACCAGAGGCAGUAUGAGGAAGGUGGCCCUCUUCAGUUUAAGGCCCCCAAUGAGGAGGAGGAUCAGGCUAAUCAGUUGAAUCGUUUCCUGACGCGUGAGAAGGUUCUAAUGACUCAAGCUAUGAACAAGAUGGAGGCCGAAGAAUCUGAAAAUGCAACACCUGCCCCAGUGGCAGUCACAGCUGAAUCUUGAUUGAUUGAUGCUACAGAAAACUUCUUUAAAACUAACAGUGCUACAGUAAUAAAUAUUUAAUUAUUAAUAAAAUUGAGACUAGUAUAAUACAUGAAAAUGAAACUAUAUUAAUUAACUCAUUUUUUGCUUCAAAUUGUACUUCCUUUUCCUUUGAAA